AUGGACGCCGGCCAAGCCGCCUCCAACCACGAUCCCCUUCCUCCAACCGACGACCCAACCGCCUUCUCCCUAGCCGUCUCCAACCCCCAGACCCUCCUCUCCCCACCUGUGCCCUCCAAAUCCGACGACGAUGCCGCUUCUCCAAGCCCCCAACCCCCACUAACGACCACCUCCCGCCCUGUACUCCGCACCUUCCCCCCAGCCUUCAACAAGUUCAUCAUCUACGAGAACCGGGCCCGCUUCUUCAUCAUCGCGUCCAACGCCUCCGACUCGCGGCAUCGCAUCAUCAAGAUCGAUCGCACCGCACAGGAUGAGCUCAACAUCGUCGAGGAUGAGGUUGAAUACACCGGGAAGCAGAUGAGCAACAACCUCAAGAUGCUGGACGAUGGGAACCGGGCGUCGGGUGGGCUGGGGAAGGCGAAGGUGUUCUUUGGUAUUGCGGGGUUUAUCAGGUUUACGGCGGGGUGGUACAUGAUACUCGUGUCGAAGCGCUCCGUCGUCGCCCUCCUAGGUGGGCACUAUCUGUACCAUUGCGAAAACACGGACAUCGUCCCCGUCGCGUUCAACCACAAAAUCGACAAGCCUGCGGAAGAGCAAAGGCUCAUGAACAUCUUCAAGCAGGUGGAUAUGUCCAAGAACUUCUACUUCAGCUACACCUACGACCUGACCUCAACGCUGCAGCACAACCUAACAGGUCCUGUCCGCGUUGGUGCGAACGACUGGCCCAUCAACGAUAGAUUCGCAUGGAACUUCCACAUGCUCACGUCCCCGUUCGCGGACUGCGACGUGCCACCGCUUAAGCAUUACUGGCUGCUCCCGCUCGUGCACGGGCAUGUUGACCAAGCCAAAUUGACGGUCCUGGGACGCGUAGUCUUCGUGACACUUAUUGCGAGGCGUUCGAGGCAUUUUGCAGGCGCGAGGUUCCUCAAGCGGGGUGUCAACGAUGAGGGAAAUGUGGCCAAUGAAGUGGAGACCGAACAAAUCGUAUGCGAAGCUCUGACGACACCGUUCUACUACCCGGCCCGCGGAGAGGCGGAAGAGCAUCGGAAUAGGCGGCCAAGCCCGAACUAUACGAGCUAUGUCCAGUACAGAGGCAGCAUCCCAAUCUACUGGACGCAAGAACCGAAUGGCAUGAGUCCAAAGCCACCGAUCGAGAUCAGCGUCGUCGACCCCUUCUACUCCGCCGCAGCGCGCCAUUUCGACGACCUCUUCAAGCGGUACGGCGCCCCGAUCACGAUCCUCAACCUCAUCAAGCGUCGCGAGCCCGUCCCACGCGAGUCGAAGCUCCUCGAUGAGUACACGCAGUGUGUCCGGUACCUCAACCAGUUCUUACCGAGAGAGAAGAGGAUGGUGUACAGGGCCUGGGAUAUGUCGAGAGCGUAUAAGGAGAAGACACAGGACGUGAUCAGCUAUUUGGAGGAUAUGGCCGAAGAAUCGAUCCAGAUGACGGGCUUCUUCCAUUCGGGACCCGAGCCGUACGCGCACUACCUCAACGCGGAGACCGAAGAAGACAAAGCCGCCUGGCGGAGCACCAUCCUGCUCCAGAACGGCAUCUGCCGGACCAACUGCGUCGACUGUCUGGACCGCACCAACGCCGCCCAGUUCGUGUUCGGCAAGCGCGCUUUGGGUCACCAGCUGUACGCGCUCGGGGUGGUAGACAGCCCGGAGCUGGUGUUCGACUCGGACGCGGUGAACAUGCUGACGGAGAUGUACCACGACCACGGGGACACGAUUGCGCUGCAGUACACGGGCAGUGCGCUCGUCAAUCGCGUGGAGACGUACAGGAGGAUGCCGCAUUGGAAUAGUCAUUCCAGGGAUAUCAUCGAGAACAUUAGGAGGUUUUAUACGAACUCUUUGCUUGACGCUGACAAGCAAACCGCGAUCAAUCUCUUCCUGGGCGUGCAGAACGAGCGCGCGAUCGUGCACACGCCCACGCGGGGCGGGUACCAGAAGUGGUUCCACCCGGACCACCUCAAGCCCGCGUACGUGCUCGAUGAAUGCGACGCGGGCAUCAGGCGCUUCGUGCAGCAGAAGGGCGACUUUUGGGUCGAGUACUACCGCCCACUCCUGUUCACGUCCCUUGGCAAGCAUUUUGCGUAUUCGAUGAAUAGCACAUUGAAGCUUCCUGGGAAGACGGCGAAGGAUAUGAACUGCAGUCCGUUUGAGCCGCAUGGGUACAGGCCAGCGGGGUAUCCUCAGUCUCGAGUCGUCCAGGGUGUUAGGCGUUGGAUAGGCUCUCCAGCCCCCUCGCAGAAGAAAGCCCGUGGCAAGCUACAGCCUGUCCAGGAGAAGAAAUCCCCACCCAUACCCGUUCUCGACAGGCACAGUACUGAGGGGAUAGCGAACGCGCUGCUCGAUCCGGCUGUUUCGGAGGAGGAAGAGGCGGAGUACCAAGGGUACAUUGACCAAUGCCAAGAACUCCUGGACACCCCACCUGGAUUCUGCGAGCGGAAGGACCUGGAGGUGUACACGCAGGCUAUACUGACGGCGCGUGGGGAUGGGAUGGGGAUGGACCUGUUCGCGGAGGAUGUGCAGGUGCCGAGGGAGGUGCUGAUGUACGUUGAGCGGAGCUCUGCGGAGUAUCUGGACGGAGGGAGGAAGGAGCCGUUCCUGGUGACGUAUAAUUACGAGCGGUGGUUGAAGGGGACGUAUAGUUAG